AGAAAAGUGCAUAAAUUGUGCUUUUUGUGAAAGAUGGGACUGAAAACGUUUUUCGGUCUCGCGGAGUUUCACGCGUUAUCGGCCCUUGUGUUGAUGUCGUUGGUGUUUCCGUCUAUGGAUGCUGUCGACGAGAGCAAAACACCGCGCGGUGGUUUGCAUAAUGAGCCCUCGGGCAGGCGAGUCGAGAUUCUCUUCAUUGUGCGACUCAUUUUCCGAGCCCGCGGGGACAAUUGCAUAUCAUUCCACGCCGGGUCCAUCCCUGCUCUGGCUGGAGGACUUGCGGUUGCGGGGCGGUCGUCUCAUCCGUGGCGCCGUCGUCCAUAUUCAUGA